CCAAAACGAGGCUGCAACGUCAUGAGAAAACGCAAAACCUCACCCAGAGAGAAGCGACAGACCGAGCGACUAGAGGCGCUAACAGAUUGGAGCUACGGAGGAUAACUGGUGACACCAGACACAGUGAACGAUGCGUGAAUACAAGUUAGUCGUCCUGGGCUCUGGAGGCGUGGGCAAGUCUGCUCUGACUGUACAGUUUGUUCAGGGGAUUUUCGUGGAGAAAUAUGACCCGACAAUAGAAGACUCGUACAGAAAGCAAGUGGAGGUGGACGGGCAGCAGUGUAUGCUGGAAAUUCUGGACACUGCAGGGACGGAACAAUUCACAGCCAUGAGAGAUCUGUACAUGAAGAAUGGCCAGGGCUUUGCGUUAGUGUACUCCAUCACAGCCCAGUCCACCUUCAACGAUCUGCAAGACCUACGAGAACAGAUCCUCCGAGUCAAGGACACUGACGAUGUUCCGAUGAUCCUGGUGGGUAAUAAAUGUGAUCUGGAGGAUGAGCGUGUUGUGGGGAAGGAGCAGGGGCAGAACCUGGCCAGACAGUGGAGCAGCUGUGCUUUCCUGGAGUCCUCUGCAAAGUCCAAGAUCAACGUCAACGAGAUCUUCUAUGACCUGGUCAGGCAAAUCAACAGGAAAACCCCAGUACCUGGGAAGACACGCAAAAAGUCCAACUGUCAGCUCCUCUAAUGCACAGCUGCUCUGUCGCACUGAGCCAGGUCUGAUUUGCUGCUGUCUCUCUCAGCAGUGCCAGCAUUCCGACGUUACUAAAACCUAACAUGGAAUGGACUUUCCUGUGUGGUGACGCCCCUUUAACAUCAACAACCAACCAACAAACCGACCAACGGAUUCAAAGCUACAAUACAUCAGUUUUUACACACAGAUUAACCAUUAUCAUUCUCCAGUGUCACGAGAACAAGAUUUCUACUUAGAAAUAUAGAUAUUCUAACUGUAUCAAACUGAAAUGGAAAAAUUAAGUGAGGUAAAUCAGUCAAUAUGAACCAAAAUAAAAUCCCGAUCCCUACACACAGUGUUAUUGCUAACGGAGACAGUAGCCGUAGAAACGGAUGUCUAACCAGAAUGUGCACGUUGCCACGGUGAUGCGGUAUUUAUAAGCACCUCUAUAUUAGCCAGAGAGAAAAAGACAAAGUCCCAAAGAGGCACCUAUAUAGUUCAGUUCAUACAGAUAACUUGCUCCUGGGGUUUAUUUUCUAACUUUUUAUUUUUAUUUUCCUUCGAUCAUUCAACAUCAUUUCUCUGUCUUUUUCUGUCUUUAAAAAAAAAAAAGACUAGUUUUGUCUCUCCUGAGAGAUGCUAUACUGCGACAGCUGUUGAUAUGCGUUUUAUUUGAGGAGUAAAUCUGUGGCUACAACAGUGAUGAUUAUAUGUGUAAAAAGAGGAGAGAAAAAGGUAUAAUGUUUUUUUCAGUAACUAUCAUAUUGUCUUUUAGCCUGAUGAUGUUGCCUUCAAAUAGGGUUUUCUUUCUUUCUGGAGAAUCCAACUACGAUCCAAUCAUCCUUCUAUGUCUUGCCUGGGUUUUCUUGUGUCUGAAAUGGCACCCAAGUGUAUUAUAUUUGACCAGAGCCUAUUGGUUUCCCUAUUGGUUUCCCUAUUGGUUUCCCUAUGGGUUUCCCUAUGGGUUUCCCUAUUGGUUUCCCUAUGGGUUUCCCUAUUGGUUUCCCUAUUGGUUUCCCUAUUGGUUUCCCUGUUGGUUUCCCUAUUGGUUUCCCUAUUGGUUUCCCUAUGGGUUUCCCUAUGGGUUUCCCUAUUGGUUUCCCUAUUGGUUUCCCUAUUGGUUUCCCUAUUGGUUUCCCUAUUGGGUUUCCCUAUUGGUUUCCCUAUUGGUUUCCCCCUAUUGGUUUCCCUAUUGGUUUCCCUAUGGGUUUCCCUAUUGGUUUCCCUAUUGGUUUCCCUAUUGGUUUCCCUGUUGGUUUCCCUAUUGGUUUCCCUAUUGGUUUCCCUAUGGGUUUCCCUAUUGGUUUCCCUAUUGGUGUCCCUAUUGGUUUCCCUAUUGGUUUCCCUAUUGGUUUCCCUAUUGGUUUCCCUAUUGGUGUCCCUAUUGGUUUCCCUAUGGGUUUCCCUAUGGGUUUCCCUAUUGGUUUCCCUGUGGGUUUUCCUAUUGGUUUCCCUGUGGGUGUCCCUAUUUGUUUCCCUAUUGGUUUCCCUAUGGGUUUCCCUGUGGGUUUUCCUAUUGGUUUCCCUGUGGGUGUCCCUAUUUGUUUCCCUAUUGGUUUCCCUGUGGGUUUUCCUAUUGGUUUCCCUGUGGGUGUCCCUAUUGGUUUCCCUAUGGGUGUCCCUAUUGGUUUCCCUAUUGGUUUCCCUAUUGGUUUCCCUAUUGGUUUCCCUGUUGGUUUCCCCUAUUGGUUUCCCUAUUGGUUUCCCCUAUUGGUUUUUCUAUUGGUUUCCCUAUGGGCCCUGGUCAAAAGUAGUACACUAUAUAAGGAAUUAGGGUGCAAUUUUGGAGGCAGCCCUUGUGUUGUUUACAAAGAUGUUUGUACAGUGGGGUUUUUCAAUUGGGGUUGUGGUCAAAGAGGGACUGGACAUUUUAACAAGCGACCAAACUUCUGAGACACCAAUGGCCGACGUGACUGGGCGAUCCUCAUCAUGUUUUUUUGUUUUUUUAACUUUAUCCUUCCAAGGCCGUCUCUCAUUGGUUGGUUUGUCCAGUUAGCCAAUCCCCUCUCAUGGAAUCUGCGAUCUACAACAGGAAGUAUAGAAUUUUUUUUUUUUAAAUGAGGGUUUUUAAUACGAAAAAAAUAAAAUAAAAUAAUGUCAUUGGUGA